AACUGAGUGACCGUGCACGCAGCGAAAGCUCGAUUUCCUAACCGGACUACUUCUGCCCUGAUAGCGGAUCGUCAUCGCGUUUGUUCAAGACCGUUCUAGUUUUUCGAGCAGACCCCACAAGUCGGUCAAAUCAAGGACUUCACAAUCAACCGGAGUGACAAUCCACACGAGACCUGCCGUGAUGAAUUCUGCCGCGUCGAACGAAUUAAAGUCGCCUCUGGAGAAGAUCUCCAAAGAGGAGACUCUACGACUUCGAGACAUACACAUUGGUAAGAACUGCACUGUCUUCUUCAAAUCGAGCGGUGCACUGAAAAUCGUUCGCGGGGAAAAGCAGUACCUCUUCGACGAGAACAACGUUCCCUUCCUGGACUGCAUCAACAACGUCGCGCAUGUCGGACACUGUCAUCCACAUGUGGUAGACGCAGGCCACAGACAAAUGCAACUCCUGUCCACCAACUCCCGAUACCUUCACGACAACCUCGUAUUAUACGCUCAACGGCUCCAGAGAUACUUCCCGCCGCAGCUAUCUGUUGUUUAUUUCCUUAACUCGGGAUCGGAAGCUAACGACCUCGCCAUGCGGCUCGCCAAGGCCAAAACAGGAAACAAAGAUGUUAUUUGCGUGCAAGGUGCGUACCACGGUCAUCUGCAGUCGACAGUGUCCAUUAGUCCGUACAAGUUCAACCGCAUCAAGGGCUACAAACAAAAGAAGUCAGUCCACGUCGCGCCGUUGCCGUGCUCAUACCGGGGAAAGUACCAACGAUCACAGAUCAAGGACGAAUCAGUGGACAUCGGAAAACUAUACGCCGAUGAAGUCGGGGCCAUCAUAGAAAACCUGAGGAGCAAUCAGAGAGGUCUCGCUUGCUUCAUCUGCGAAAGUCUCGUUUCGUGUGGAGGACAGUUCCCGCUCCCUCAGAAUUAUCUGAAAUACGUAUACCAGUACGUUCGAGAGGCCGGGGGUGUAUGCAUCGCAGACGAAGUACAAACCGGUUUCGGCCGCGUCGGCUCGGAGUUCUGGGCUUUCCGGUUGCAAGAUGUCGUUCCCGACAUCGUCACGAUAGGGAAGCCCAUCGGGAACGGCCAUCCGAUCGCGUGCGUUGUCACCACCCAAGAAAUUGCGCGUGCCUUCGAAGCUCAAGGUGCGGAAUAUUUCAAUACGUACGGAGGAAACCCAGUUUCGGUUGCCAUUGCCAAUGCGGUUCUUGACGUGAUCGAGAACGAGAAUUUACAGCAACAUGCGCUGGAUGUUGGGCAGUAUCUGAUCGAGGAGCUGUGCAAAAUACAGCGACGCCGGCCAUUGAUAGGUGAUGUUCGGGGAACUGGACUCUUCGUUGGCAUCGAUUUGGUGAAAAAUCGGGUCACCAAGGAGCCGGCAUCCGACGAAGCCCUCUAUGUUUCGAGACGUUUCAAAGAGGAGCAUUGUCUAGUGAGCACGGAGGGCGAAUGGAAUAAUGUUCUCAAAUUGAAGCCGCCGAUGGUUUUCACGAAGGCGAACGUGGACACGAUAUGCGAACUGUUGGACAAAUUUUUGGAGGAGCUGACCCAUCCGAACGAAGUCUGAGAACAACGAAGAAGGGUCCUCUGUCUUGUAAGAAUGAAUUAUGAACCUUACGUCCCGGCGUUUCCUGGCAGCUUCGCCAACAAAAAGUUCCUAUGAAACUUGUCGAAAUGAACGGAAUUCAUCUAAUUUCUCUAAGGAAAUCGAGCUUGACCGGAGCGCUCAAUAAAUGAAAG